AUGAAAUCAUCCGUAACUUCUGCCUUAUUCGGAGUGAUUCUGGUCAGCUUUCUCAGCAUUUCAAUUGGUCAAGCCAACGCUGUCGGCAGUCCCGAUUCCUCUAACUACGAGACCGCAGAGAAUGGAGGAGCUCUCGAUUUUGAAGUUCUGCUUCAAGAGAACUUGGAAGAGAUGCGAGAAUUAAAGAAUCUGAUUCGUCGUUAUCUCGCUAAUCCACCUCCCAACUUCCACAAACGAGCUCAAUUUCUACGACUUGGUCGUUGA